AGCUGAAAGGGACCGAGGCAUUUGGAGAGUGUCUGUGACAGACCGAGGAAUCGCCUCCCUUUAUUUAGGACCGUUUCUUUUCCCCAGAUUUUCCACUUUCCCCCCCCCAUCUCUCCAAUCUUGCAUCACAUCGCAUACCAUCAUGGCUUCCCCUCAGGUCAUCCGUACUCCCAUCACCGAUCUGCUUAAGAUCAACCACCCCGUUCUGCUGGCUGGUAUGAACGUGGCCGCUGGCCCUAAGCUGGCUGCUGCGGUCACCAAUGCCGGUGGUCUGGGUGUCAUCGGUGGUGUUGGUUAUACUCCGGAUAUGCUCCGCGAACAGGUCGCUGAGUUGAAGAGCUACCUGAAGGAUAAGAACGCCCCCUUCGGUGUCGACCUCCUCCUCCCCCAAGUCGGUGGCAGUGCCCGUAAGACCAACUACGACUACACCAAGGGCAAGCUCAACGAGCUCGUCGAUAUCAUCAUCGAGAGCGGUGCUAAGCUCUUCGUUUCCGCCGUCGGUGUUCCCCCGAAGGCUGUCGUCGAGAAGCUCCACGGUGCCGGCAUCCUCUGCAUGAACAUGAUCGGCCACCCCAAGCACGUCCAGAAAGCCCUCGACGUCGGCGUGGAUAUUAUCUGCGCUCAGGGUGGUGAGGGUGGCGGUCACACCGGUGACGUCCCCACCACCAUCCUCAUCCCUACCGUUGCCAAGCUGGUCCAGGGCCGUAAGAGCCCUCUGACCGGCCAGCCCGUGCAGGUCAUCGCCGCUGGUGGUCUGUACAACGGUAACUCCGUCGCCGCAGCCCUCAUGCUCGGUGCCUCCGCCGUCUGGAUCGGUACCCGCUUCAUCCUGUCCGAGGAGGCCGGUGCCCCCGUUGCCCACCAGGAGGCUGUCCGCACUGCUGGCUUCGAAGAUAACAUUCGUACUAUUAUCUUCACUGGUCGCCCCCUGCGCGUCCGCAAGAACCCCUACAUUCUGAACUGGGAGGAGAACCGCGCCGAGGAGAUUAAGCAGCUUACCGCCAAGGGUAUCAUCCCCGUCGAGCACGACUUCGAGAACCUGCCCGAUGAUGUUGAUGAUGACACCCUGGACAAUGCCCGUCCCUUCCUGAUGGGUAAGGUCGCUGCUGUUGUGAACGAGAAGAAGUCCGCCAAGGCUAUUGUUGAUGAGCUCGUUACGGAUGCUGCUGCUCUUCUGAAGAAGGGUAACCAGAUGGUUGCCAAGUUGUAAAUAAUGAUCCCCCAUUUUCGUUCUUGUUUCUACUUGCCUUAAAUUGGCUUAAAGAGGUAUACAAUUAUGAUCUAGCCUCCUCAAUAAACUGAUCUACUUCUUCUAUUACACU